UAUUCUUCGAAAAAAGAAAAAUAUAUAAUAGUGUGUCGUUUUCCGGUGGCGACGAGAGGGAGAACCGGAGAAGAGAUCUCUCGUUCGUUUUUUUCCCGGUAAAUCCGGCGAGAAAAAGUUCACAUUGAAUCUACGAGAAAAUUUCCUUCCAUUUCACUCCACGAGUUUUCACCUCUCUUGUUCAAUCUCUCAACGUCUCUCCCUCGUUUCUCGUUUUCGCUUUUUCCCCUUUUCCUCUUCUAUUUUACCGGAAUCCGAGAAUUUUUGAUCAGAUCUAGUUUCAGAAAUAGGUUAGUUCCAACAAUGUUGACGGAACGAGGAAGGCGAAUUUCUGGUUUCAAUGGGAGUUUCGAAUUUAGCAAUAGAAAAUUCCGUGGUUAUGGAUUCGUAGAUCGAUCUCAAGGUUUCCAUGAAAGGAGUCCUUCAAGAUCAUGUUCUGUUUCGAAAAUCCUUCGUAUCACGCCACCAACCUCGUCUCCACCGUCUUCGGCUUCUACAUGCGCUGGUUAUAUCGAACACCGGGUCUCCAAGUUCGAUACUCUCGCCGGCAUUGCCAUUAAGUAUGGCGUUGAGGUUGCAGAUAUCACGAAGCUGAAUGGGCUUGUAACUGAUCUUCAGAUGUUUGCUCUUGAGUCUCUCCGAAUACCAUUACCUGGAAGACAUCCUCCUUCCCCAUGCUUAUCUAAUGGCUCUCUAAAUCAUGGAGAGGAUUGGUCCGAGCAAGCUUCAUCCUCAGCUAGCAAUGGCAACCACCAGGACGUAUUUGACUCCUUCCAGUCUUUGAGGUUGAACCAUUCAGAAAAGAAGAUUUCUCCAGCCAUGAACUCCUUGCAAGGUUAUUAUGGACUGAAACCAAAAAACAGAAGAGCUUCUGAAGGUUUUGGGAUGGCAGUCUACAAGAACGAAGCUUCUCAACUCCAAGACAAUGAUCAGUAUCUCACUCCCUUCCCCGCCACCAGUACUCCCUUAUCCCACCACAGAAAAUCAAGAAGCUUGGUAGAUGCAGUUAUCGCCGAGGUUAACCAAUCACCCAACCCUUCAAAAGCAGGAGGAGGAGAAGUGAACUCUACUGAUAAGCCAAUGAGAAGACGCCAAAAAUCUGAAGCCGAUUUUAGUUCACGAGCUCCAGAAUUGCUGUUGAAGGAAGAGAACAGAAGCAGCAGUGGCGCGUUUUCUGCAAUAGCUGGAAAAAAUUUAGCACUGAGAUCCAAAGCAUCAAGCAGAGCUAACUUAUCAGCAGAAACCAGACAUCUCAAUUCCAUACCAAUCAAUUUGAUGGAUGCUCCUGUGGGAGACAGCUUCUCAAGCGUGAGGAAAUCUGUUAGCGCAUCUAGUCUACAAGAACCAAACUGUAACAGCAACGGUUCAUCGCUAUGGCCAACCUCAAAGUGGACCCUGAAACCUGAGUUACUCACACAAGUAGCCAUGGCUAGUUCUAUUUUUGACGGAUUGCCUAAGCCAUUAACUGGUCGGAGAAACAAAAAGGCUGUGGACUAAGGUUAGUUAGGUACUUAGGUUCCGUCGGUCUCGUUAUCGACUGUCCACUUUUGGUUUUUGUAAUCCAAAAGCAAGAAGUCAAUGGCUUUUAUAAUAGAUUGAGGAGUAAAUAGAAAGUAAAAAGUGUAUUGCUGCAUUUCAUUCAUUCAAAACAAUAAGGCAAAAUAGGUUGUGACAUUGAGAGUCAAAAUUAGGCAUUAAGGUUUUGUUGAAUUUAAUUUGUACGUUAGAUGAAUAAUCGAAUAUCAGAAUACUGUAUUCAAAGUUUCAAAGUAUUUAUUGGUUAA